AUGUCUUUGGGACCUCCUGCAUUCGACAUUUGGUCUGUUGGAUGCAUUCUGGCUGAAUUGAUUACCGGCAGAACCCUCUUCCCAGGCUCUGAUCACAUUGACCAACUAACGAGAAUAAUGAAUGUUGUGGGAACACCGGACGAAGAGUUCUUAGCGAAAAUCCAAUCCGAAGAAGCGAGAAACUAUAUUAGAAAUCUUCCGCGAAUGCCUCGCAAGGACUUUAGAAGGCUAUUUUCAACUGCUAGUCCAGCAGCAGUGGAUUUGCUAGAAAAAAUGCUCCAGCUUGAUCCCGAUUACAGGCCUACGGCUGCAGAAGCUAUGGAGCAUGAGUAUCUAGCUGCGUAUCACGACGAAACUGAUGAGCCAGUUGCUGAAGAAUUAGAUCUGGAUGAAGGAAUGGAGACCACCAACAUAGAUGAUUGGCGACGUUUGAUUUGGGAUGAAAUCGAGGAUUUCGCCGUAAGUUAUUAUGAACUGUCAACAUUUGUGACUUAUGCUGUUCUCAUUUUAACUAUAGCCAACACUAUAGCAUUAACUUUAAUUUAA